GGAGAGAGUGGAAGCAAAGAAUGGAUGAGAAGAAGAGACAGACGAGAAAGAGCAUCUGAGGAAAAAAGUACAGUGUGGAGGUAGGAGAGACAGAGUUCUGGGAAAGAGUAGAUAGUCAGAGAGAGAAUAAGAACAGAGUACAAACUGAGCAGAAAGGAAUAGUACUGAAAGAAUGAAACAGAGAUGAAGUGAGGAACUGGGGCUGAUAAAGAAAAAGAUCAGAGUUGAAACUGAUAAGAGCAAUAUUUCUUAUAAAUAGGAAAGGACACAGCUAGGUCUGCGAGAGAACAUAAAAGAGAAAAAACAGGUUUAGGAAAAAAGUGCUAUUAUCGAAAUGUUCUAACACCUCCAGUGAGAUAUAAAAGCUGGUGGAAAGGAAAACAGCAAAGCCUCUGGGAGAGAUCAGCAGGAGAGAUCAGAGCAAUUUAUAAAGGGCUCUCCACGGACAGCCCUGGUAACCCACAUGCCCAUCGAAUUUGUCUGCAAAAUCAAGUUUGCUGAGGGGGACGAAGCCAAGGGGCCCCCAAAAGAAGCAGGCGGGACUGGCAUGCUAGAUGACGGCCUUCAGCGGCAAAGAGGGGGCAUGGCUGAUCUGGCAUCCUUCGCAAGCUCUUCUUCAUUACAUGGUCUGGCUCGGGUGUUGGGGACAUCGGGUUCUGGGCGCAUGGGUUUGAGACAGACCCUCUGGGCACUGGCCCUGUUGAUGUCCCUCAGUUUCUUCUUGUACCAAGCGACAUGGAGCGCGGCAAGCUAUCUAGAGCGCCCCCAUCUGACGGCACUGAGGGAAGAGACCCGCCGUGAGCUCACCUUCCCAGCAGUCACGCUCUGUAAUGUCAACCGAUUCCGCUUCUCUGCCCUCACAGACGCGGAUAUCUACCACUUGGCUAACCUCACCGGCCUGCCACCCAAGAGUCGUAAAGGACACCGGCCAAGUGAGCUCCAGUAUCCCCCCCCUGACAUGCUAGACAUUUUCCAACGGACUGGCCAUCAGAUGGAAGACAUGCUGAAGAGCUGCAACUUCAGCGGGCAGAACUGCUCAGCCGAAGACUUCAGCGUGGUUUAUACACGGUAUGGAAAAUGUUACACAUUUAAUGGCAAUAAGACUUCACCCAAGCGAGUGAGGCAGGGCGGCUCAGGAAACGGUCUGGAAUUGAUGCUCGAUAUUGAGCAAGAUGAGUAUCUGCCCAUUUGGAGAGAAACCAAUGAGACGACACUGGAGGCAGGUAUUCGUGUUCAGAUCCAUAGUCAGGAUGAACCCCCGUACAUCCACCAGCUGGGCUUUGGGGUCUCUCCGGGAUUCCAGACAUUUGUUUCCUGUCAGGAACAGAGGCUAACAUACUUGCCACAGCCAUGGGGAAACUGUCGGGCUUCGUCUGAGCCUGUGAUCCCAGGAUACGACACCUACAGCGUCAGCGCUUGCAGACUGCACUGUGAGAGCACACAGGUGCAGAGAGAGUGCAACUGUAGGAUGGUGCAUUUACCAGGCGAUGCUGAUAUCUGCACUCCCAGUAAAAUCAAGUGUGUUGACAAGGCGUUAGCUUUACUCCAGAAGAGCACAGGUGAUUCAUGUCCCUGUGAGACACCAUGCAAUAUGACUCGGUAUGGAAAAGAGCUCUCCAUGGUCAAAAUCCCCAGCAGGGGCUCUGCUCGCUACCUUUCUCGCAAAUACCAGAAGUCUGAGGAAUACAUAAGAGACAACUUUCUCAUCUUGGAUAUUUUCUUUGAGGCCCUUAGCUAUGAGACAAUAGAACAGAAGAAAGCGUAUGACAUCGCUGGACUGUUAGGAGACAUCGGUGGACAAAUGGGGCUCUUUAUUGGAGCUAGUAUUCUUACUAUACUGGAAAUACUUGACUAUAUCUACGAGGUGGUUAAAUACAAAAUCAAGCGACUCCUGAAACCAAAGACAAGCCAGAAACAUCAGAAACAACGGAAUUUGAUUCAAGAGCAGAUCCAGAGAACAAAGAACCUUCGAGAACAGAACCUGAGAGCACAGCUGGCUCCUGGAACUAUAGCUACAGUCAGAUUUGAAGAAGUCAAAGUUAAGGCAGCUAAUGAUGUAAAAGUGGCUCAACCACACAGUGCACAUCCAACCUCAAUACUACCAAACCAUCACAAUGCACAACCAGUCGUACAGCAGGACUUUACUUGCUAAGGGAUGCAUCUUCCUCUGUGCUUUUAUUUUUUUCAUAUCAC